AUGCGCACCUCCUUCGCUGUUCUCGCUCUGCUGGGCGCCGUCCCCACUUUCGCAGCCGCCUAUCCUGCUUCCAGCUCGUACGGCUCCGGUCCCGACGACACUCCGUCUACUCCCACCUAUGGCUCUGGCUCUGGUACUGGAUCUAGCUCAGCUUCAGGUGAUGCUCCUGACUUCAGCAACGACGGCGCAUGCACACUCUACAAAGCCAAGAACCUCGCCGGCAAGACUUCGCCCACCGAUUACACGCCCAUCCCCGCCGACUCCGGAUGCCUCGAUCUGAGCAGCUUGUACGGGGCUUGGGAGGGCAAGACCCGCAGCUUGGUCGUGCAGGAGGGGUAUAAAUGUGAUUUCUACACCGACUUCACAUGCCCAACCUCCUCCACACCUCUCUGCCUCAACGCCUCGGACAAGAAAAUCACCAAGAAGACGCUGCCCGCCGCGUGGGACCAGAAGAUCAAGAGUGUCAAGUGCGAGAAGAUGGAGACCUCCAAGCCUAAGCCAAAGCCCUCUCCCAAGCCUACGCCUUCUGAGGCCCCCUCCUCUUCCUACUAG